AGGUAAGCAACGUCUACUGCACCACCCUGAUCUAUUAUUUUAGUUACCCAACCAAAAAAUAUCAGUAAGAUUAGUUAGGCAUGAGCUCCCUGAAGUUAAACCCAUGUUGUCUCUGAUCUUGAAAUCCAUGUGUUUUUAUAUGUUCAACAAUCCUAUCCUUUAACAUGGUUUCCAUUACUUUCCCCACUACUAAAGUAAGUGUUAUGCUUCACUUGGAAAUAGGCAAUUAGAGGAACACAACUGCAGAAGAAUUUAGUCAUACUGUACCUUUGAGAGAAUUCGAGGAGGUCAAUUUAAAGCCUUUAAAUACUUUGUUUACUUCUCCAAUAUCUCCAAUAAUGAAAAAGUUAGUAGACAGUUGUGAUAACGUGUAAGAACAGAAUAGCUUGCAGCAUGAAAGGAAAAUGAAAUGACUUGAUUGGAGAUUCUUAAUAAUUGUAGCUACAGAAGAAACAAAGUAUUUACAGGAUAAUUAAAUGGUUGAAUUAUUAGUUUGCAGCAAUGUAGCAGGGUUAAGUAGCGUUAGAUUAAUAUUUUUGGUUUUCUAAGUAACUUGUCUCCGUGGAAAAAGUUCUUGACUGGAUCAGAGUAAUAGGAGAGGUCCUGCUGAAUUGUGCAAGAAGAUCCUGCUUAGUUAAGUGAGAUAGCAGUAGUCAAAUUAUCAGUUCGGGUCUGGGAAGGAGAUGGCAGAGAGUUCAUAGUCCAAGCAGAGUUUCGAGGAGAGGAGAAGGUAGCAACAACGGUUAUCAGGUCCUGUUCGGUACACAAGACAAAUUAUAGGAGCUUAGCUUGAUGUUCUCAAGGAAGAGACACAAUCACUAAGCACUUUAAAUUUGGCACAGCUUCCCUAUAAGGCAUGGAAGCCGUGCGUCAUUCAAGUGGGAGGAGUUAAAUGCCAAACGCGGAAGUAACCGCGAAGGACCUGAGAAUGGUGAGUUCUGACAGUAAGACUUAAUGGCCUAGAGUUGCCCGACUACUCCCUACUAUCUUUCCUGUGAAUUAGCGCAACAUUUGCUAGUUUCCAAUCUUCUGGGACUACUCCUGUUAACAAUGAUUGGUUGAAUAAAUCAGGUAACUGUUUUGUUAAUGCAUCACCUCUUCCUCUGUAAACUCACAUGUAACAAAUGACUCAGUCUUUUUUCCUUUAUUUUCUUUUUCAUGAAAUCUUGUACAAUCAAAAACUCUUACCUUUAGCAGUAAAAAAGAAAGAUCUCGGACAGUUGAAGAAUCAAAUCACUCUCCAGAAUAUCUCCAAGUACACUUUGUAGCAGCACUUACUAGCAGCAGCCAAACUAAAUUCCCUUAUGACAUUUUGCGAACUUUUCCUAUUUGAUGAACAGAGUAACAACUAGUUCUAGAUACAAAAAAAAGUCUUUAUUUGCUAACCUCACUUUUUUAUGAUUGAUCAAUACACUUUUUAUGCUUUAUCAAUACAGUUAUAAAUAAGAUAAUAGUAAAUACAAAAUUUUUUUGUUUGUUUUUUACAUUCAGGUAUAACAAUAAGUGAUAUGCAAAAAUGUACUUCAACGAACGUUGGGUUUCUUUUCGUCUCGUAUUCAUCUACAGAUUGUAAAAAACUAUCGGAAACAAUAAAGUCCUCAUCGGGUAAGUAAUAUGAUAUUGUCUUAAAGAUGCAUGACAUGAAUUGUAUCUUUGUAGGUAAACAGUCCAGCGAUCCCCCUUAAUAAAGAAGACACAAGCUUUUCAUUGACGUCUUUCAGAGAUUAGCCUCCAUACUUUUAGGACAUAUAUAGAAGGGUUGGAAUAACAGCAUAUUGAUAAGAGAGGUAAAAAGGCUGGAGGUUGAGAAAAUAUGGAACAUGUUUAGAAGGGAGGGGUGGGUGAAGGCAGGAUUGGAUAGUUGAUGUUGCUAAGAGAAAACUGCAAAAUAAGUGAAACCUACUUUUGGUGAAGUCUAUAUUGAGUAAAACAAAGACACAAUUAUCUUUCAGUUUUCAUUUACAGGGAGCUCUUUGGUGUUAUAACCUAAAUAUAUAACUAAGAUAAUAAUUUAGAAAUAUUAGAAUAUAAUAUUUUCUCAUUUAUUUAAUAAUAAAGAAAAUAAAGUUCUAAAGCCAGCUAUCUGAGGACAUUUCUUAAAAUAAAAAUACAUUGUAGGACAAUACAGGUAAAAGUUCCAAAAUGUAUAGUUGAACAUUUUUAAAUAUGCUCUACUAGACAAAAACAGACUAACGAUUAAGCAUGGUGUGUUUCACUAGGAUGCUUUUUAGGAUCAAUUAAGUUUGUGCACUCACUUUUUGCCAGGGUAUCAAAUCCUAGCAGUCUUCUUUAUGGCAUUUGAUGACUAUAAGAGAGAUCGUACACUAUACUUACCAGUACAUGGAAAGGAAAGAGAUGUGUAAUCAACUAAAACCUGCAUUCAGGCACAUUAAUUUACCUUAUGUAUAAAAUAUGUAUUUUUUUUUAAUAUAUGUAAAUUACCUGUAGGAACAAGCAAUAAAGAAGUUCGAGGCACUGUGAAGAUCACAGGAGGAGAGGCUAAAUUCGCUAGCGCUCUUAACUACAUAAACAUAGAUAAUCCAGCUGCAAAUCGAGAUCGUUAUGCUUCUUGGGCUGGUUCUGUAUCAAAUCUACCCUCAGUAUUAAAACAGACGGUAUGUGGUCCUUACACCUUUUCUUUUGGUUUUCCUCACUGUUAUUCUGAAGUAGGGAUAAAAAACAGGUAGGUCUCUGGCUGCUGUUGGACAACUCUAAUUAUCCAUUACCAGCAAAUUACUAAGAGUGUUGGCAGUUUUCGUUCAAAACAGUUAAAAAUAAAUAAAUAAAUAAAAAAUCAUCAACUUAAAUCACUAAAGCAGAAUAUAUGGUUUAUGCAGCAUGCUUUAACAAUUUUAACAGUAUAGUGGUUUUUGAGUUUUGAUGGAUCAUCUGGCUUGCUUUAAAGGUCAUGACAUGAACCAGAUACUGUAUGUGCUGGGAAUUCAAAGCACUUGUCCGAUCUUUCUUUAUAUAUGUUGUAUGACCUAUAAAAUAUGGCUAUUUAGAUCAGUCAUUUUACAAAAUUGAAGGAAACAAGAAGUAAGUGGCCAUGUACUGGUGUCUGUAACUGGGCUGUAGAUGUAAUUUUAAGAUGUGUUUGGGGGGGUUGAAGUUAACCUCUAGAAAAUAUAAUGUUUUGUCAGGAAGGCCAUGCAGCGUCUCAUUCAGUCAGUCAGAUGUGUCCAGAAGAUGGGCCCCUGUUACCAACUGGUACACUGUUACUAAGUAAAUAAAAAAUAUAUUAAGUACAGGAACAGUAACUGAAUUUUGUAUGUUGGGAAUGGUAAAAAAAACAAAAAAAACAAAAAAAAAAAACACACAACGUCCGAAAUUAGCAACUUUUGUCCCGAUUUCCUGCUAUUUUCUUGUGAGGGACAUCACUCAGCCUCAGGUUACGGCCAACGUGACCCAUACAGUUUAAUUUCUACAUGGAUAGCCACUGCCAUUAGCUGGACUGUAAAAAAACAAAACAAAACAAAAAAAAACGAUAGUAAGGGCUGAUUUCCUGGCUGUUGGUAAUUUUACUGACAGACAGGUUACUUAUUUCUGAAAUAGCUGCUGCAGACAAAAGGGACAUCUGUCAGUUUCUGUUCUACAAAAUGUAAUUGUAAUAGUAAUUAACAACUAUUGAAAGUUUUAAUGUUUCCCAAAGAGGAACUGCUAAGCACUAUUACUACUAAUACUAGUUUUCAUGCUAUACAGUAAAAAUUAUGGCCUGAUGCCACCUACAUAAAAUGUAUACCUGCCUCAUCCGGGUGUAAAGAUAAAAAGACAAGUUUACGACUGUAAACGUUAAAUAUAUUUUUAGAUUUAAAAAAGUACAAACAGCAUUAAAACCAUUGAGGUAAUAAUGAUAAACAAUAUAAAGAUAAAAAGUAAACAUAUACUAUUAAAUGCUAAAAUAAAUCUUUACAGCAAGGACUGCUUUUUAUGAAAUAUUUGUUACAUAGAUUUUGAACUGCUUACAUAUUUAGAGUCCUUUUGAGAUUUCUUACGUCUUAUCCUUGACUCUUUACAAAGAUUACCUGGACAUUAGAACACAAGUCAAAAUAUUCCGAAAUGUAGUACCUGAAGAACCCACGGUGUUAUUUUGUGUAGUUUUAAAAAGAAAACAUUUUUUGUACAUUGAAUGUCAAUACAUCGCCUUUAAUGAAUUGAGUAAGAUGCUGUUUUAUGCAAGACAGCGGGAUUAAAUCUAUAACAAUGAAAGAUAUAUUUAAACGCUAUAAAAUCAUGCAGGCUUUAUUUCAGCAAGUUCUUUAUGACAGCCCCAUUUAUCAUGUCUUACAUUGCUCGACAUUUCUACACCUUUUGCAUUUGGGAAUAUUGGACACAAAAUGUAAUUAGGAAACUGACAGGAAUGGUGAUGACCUUUCUAUAUGAUCAAUGAUUUCAUUUGAUAUAUGUUUUAUCAAUAUGGUUAGCAUUCUAUUCACAUUCUGAGCUGGCUGCUUCCACAUAUCACUCAUUUAGAAGAGGCAUGCAAUACUUUGGUAUGUUACCUUUGUCGAACUCUUGGGUGUGCAUAAUAAUGUAUUUAUCCCAAAGGGCACUAGGAUGGUUACAGAUGCAGAGGUACACUAAUAAUGGCAUCGUAUUUGAAUAUUGAUAAACUUGGCCAUCAUUGCACGUGUUAAAACAAACAGCUAGUGCUUUUAUGUUAACGAAGAUACUCAGAAAAAAAAAAAUUAUAUUGAGUAUACACUAAAAUUCUACUCACAAAAACACGAAAUCUGAUUAGAAAAUACUUUUACAAAAAAUGGCAAUUUUGAAAUAUGCAAGAUCAUAUACAUAGACAAUUCAUUAUAACAUUUUCUCUUGUAAUGUGAACGCAUACAAUUCUCAGUACAGUUCUAUAUUAUUACAGAGCAUGGGUUAUUUCAUGUAUUUAUGGACAUAUGUUUUUAUUAGAGCAGUAUUUGUCACUUUGCCUAACUCCCUUUUUAAAAGCAAAUUAAUCACACACACUGAACUUUCCUCAUAGUGAUGCAUUGAUUCAAGAUCCUGAUUUGCCAGGCAGUGUUUGGCCCUGCCUACGCUCCCCACCCCACCUCCUUGGAAAUCUCCCUGUGGGAAAGCAUUGGUUUGGUUGAGAUAAUCAAUUUUGAUGAUUUUAGCCAAAGAGGCAGAUUUGGGGGUCAGGGCCAGCGCCUGCAGACCAGUGGAGAGCUGGAAAUAAGUUUGGUUAAUAACUUUAAGUUAUUGGAGUUAAUGUAGAGUUGAUGGGGUUAUCCUCUGCACUGGAUGUCCAAUUCCCUGCAGCUUUGUACUGAUGCCAAGGGUGGAGAAACAUCACAUCCUGGCUCCGGGCAAUCAGUAGAGGGUGCACAAGGGAACAGUGCAGUCAGUGCAGGGAUGAUCUCAGCAACUCCCUCGCUGCCUGAUUUGCAUUUAUAUCAGCAAAGCAGGUACCCGAUAUGUGGCACUACCAGUAGACCGGUUCCUGUCUUGGUUUCUGCUCUGGACCCCUUAGCAUGCCAUUACUUUGAUGUCGGUUCACCCUGGGAUAAUCCUCUUUAAUUGUGCAAGAUUUUCCUAAGCCAGAGCACUACAAAUCUCAGAAUAAACUGUUGGGCUCCACAAAGCACUUAGUGUACAAUUGUCAGGGGUCUUACCUGGAGUGGGAGUCCGGCACGCAGAGUUAAAGCACCCUUUGCAAUUCGACACAGGCCGAGGAGACUCAAGACAGAAAUCCCCAAGGCUGUGACACAGUGCACUGGGGCUGAAAUAACCAGUGCUUCCUGGAACGCAGUACAGACAAGGGAUAUCCAGAAGAGUAGUCAGUAACAGAAUCAUAAGUCAGGACAGGCUGCAAUCAGGCAAAAAUGGUAGACAAGCAGGGGAUCAAAACCAGGAGUCAGAUGAAUAGCAGUGAAACCAAACAGGAAACACAAUCUGACAAUGAGAACCAGCCUAGCGGGGGUUUAAAUAGGGAGUCUCAGCCAAUCAUCAGGGAACCAGGAACAGGUGUGCAGAGAUUCAGACUGCAUGAACCCAGGACCUACAUGAAAGGAACUAGAGAUGCGUGGAGUCAAGGACAAGGUGCCUGACUGGGAUGCAGGAGACCCAGGUUCAGACCCAAAUACCCAUAACUAGCGCAUAGCAUGCUGGUCAUCCUGACAACAGUGACAUAUUUUUUCUUUAACACCCAGUCAGGAAGCCCAAACUAUAGAUGAUACAUUACUAAGAUAUAAAUAAACAUCACCUUGACACUAAAUGUAAAAUAGUGCCAAGGUAAGCAUUAUGGAGAAAAGACUGUGUACUUCGAUUAAAAACGUAUCUGAUAAAAUUAGAUUAUAUUUUAGAUUAAACAUGACAGACACACACACAGGCCUGUAGUAACAUCUUAAGGAAAUGAGCAUCUUAAAUGUUACAAGCGUUAUAACAUCACAUGUCCUUUUCAUGGGCUUUUUUACACUGAUGAUGCUAAAAGCCGCAUUGUGUCUUUUCCAAACGACUUUACCCUUCCUAAAUAAAGAGAUAAUGUCCUUGUAUUUCAUGGCUUUGCAUCUGUUAUCACAUAUGGUAUGGAUGAGUUUAUCUGCAUAAUAUAGAACUUGUCAACUUCCUUCUGGAGAGAAGAAUCUUAAACAAGCAGAGAUAAGCCACAAGGUGACCAAGUACUUUGUUUUGAAAGGUUUUUGUUUAGGGCAGCAAUGCACUUCUUAACAACUUGCAGCCUGCACCCUGCAUAUCUUCUUAAUUAGGUAAUUAGGUGUUAAUUGCUAAUGUCAUAACUAGAUCAAUAUAUAGGUCGUGUACAACAAUAUGGAAGUGUGUACAAAGGCAUUAAUAGCAUUUGCAGGGGAAUCAAAAGCAAACAAACUUUUUAAGUAUAAAAACAUAUAUUUGGAUAUAAUGUGUAAUGUUGUCGAAAAAGUUAGUUAGUCAAAUAAAUAGAGCACUCAGCUAGAAAAGUAGAAAGUAGAAAUAUGUAUAUUAAGGAUGCUGAGUCAAUGUUUUUGUCCUUAGCAUAAAGUCAUUUAUAAGGACCUUUCAUAGAAAGCAUUUUCUCGAAACCAGAGUAACGUUUACUGUUAUCUCUUUAUCAGAAAUUAUCAGAAAAAGAGAAAAAUAACAUGUACUGAACAGUUAAUAACAUUACAAAAAUAUAAGAAGCACUCAGAACUGCUUGAUAUAAGAAUCCCAAAUUUUCUGGUGUAACUUAGAAAAAAAUAGCAAAUAACUGCUGGUUCAGGGUUUAUCCCCUAAACUAGGUUUUUGGUGUAGACCCUUAACCCCUUAAGGACACAUGACAUGUGUGACAUGUCAUGAUUCCCUUUAAUUCCAGAAGUUUGGUCCUUAAGGGGUUAAAUUGGUUGACUGUUCUCAAAAUGAGAAAUAAUGAUUAUGGUAGGUAGCUUGAUGACUGAGUGUGCAGAGAAAGUCUUUUAAACUGUGCCAGGUGGUUGCCAUUAAUCUGUCCAUAUAAUGCUGAUGCUUGAGAGAGAUCCAAAGGGGAGUCCAUUUGCCAGGUCAAGGUCUUUUCCAAAAAUCCAUCCAUGAGUGCAGAGAGAGGAAAGGAGCAAGCAAGAAUGUCUGUUACCGAAGCCGAGGACUUUGCCAGAUAUCCUUCUGCGAUUGCAGAGAGAGGAGAGAGCAAACAAGAAAGCCGAAUGUUCUGUUAAUCGGAGCUGAUGUCUUUGCCAGGAAUUCACCCGUGAGGGCAGACAGAGACCAGUCUUUGUCCUGGCUGAGUCAAGGAUCCAUGUAGGCAGUCUUAGACGGCAGGAGGGAACAGGGAGUGGAGUAGAAUCAGCUUGCUGGGGGAAUUCUAGCCUCAGGAACAAAUGGUCGUGAAUGCUAGGGAUGUCUUUGGGCAGGCCCAGCUACUGGAAGAUAAACCAAUAUAUUACACCAGUUUCUAUAACUGAGCCCUGAGGAGUAUGCACAUACAGUUAAAGUAGCCUGCUCUUUAAGGAAUAGCAUCCAAUAACUCUUAUAUCCCUAUACCUAUAUUUAUAUAGAUUUAUAUAUAUAUAUAGAAUGGGACACUGAAUAAUGGAGCCUUUAACAAUGACAACUAGUGACGGAGACAUAUAUUCGUAGUGACUCACAGUAUUUUUAAAUUAUUCUACAUUUUUUUUAAUUGUGUUUAGGUUACACCUUUGUAUGAGCUAGUACGAGAGGUUCCAUGUGCUGCUGUGAAGAGGUACUACCUGAAACGGGCAAUAGAAGAGUACAUGAAUGAAGAAAAUGCAUGUAAAUGCAAGCCAUGUCAGAACAAAGGUGUGCCAAUCGUUGUGGGAACACGUUGUGAAUGCCUCUGUAAACCAUACACCCAUGGGUCAGCGUGUCAACAUGGAGCUUUAGUACAAGAUGACGCAAGUAUGAUCAUUGUGUUUUUAUUUUCAUACAUGUAAUGUAUUCUUUUUAGAGAACAGAUGUGCUGAGAUAUGAUGGAAAUUAAAAACUUGUAUUUACAUAACUGCCAGGCCUAGUAUGAUUUCCAGAAAACGAAAGUGGGAAUCAACAGGAGUAAAAUGGAAUUUGCUAAUUUAUCCUAAAACAGAUGAAUCUCGAAAUUCAGAUAAUUUCAAGUUUCAUUAUUUCAGACUGAAAUUUGAAAUGUCCUAGUCACGUGCCGACAGUUCCUGAUUUAUUGACUAACCAUGCAAAGUAUUGAAGAACCUUCUCAGAUUAGAUGUUGGACUGAGUGCUAUCAGGAAUAGCUGACCUGCUAAUCAUUAGAAUCUUCAGAAGGAUCUACAAGAAAAUGACCUGUUUACAACUUUUUAGCAGCCGGGGAGAGCGAUUUUACUGGAUCUGAGUGUACUGAAUUGUGGUAUCCAGUUGUCUUUGGCUUGUGAUUUCAUGUAAAAUCUAUAGACUGUCAUAAAUGAAUGAAACAAUUGGUCAAACUGGGCAAAGUGACUGAAAGCCCAAUAUUCAUACCUUUUUUUAUAAGUGGCUAUUAUGCCAAAUACAAACAAAAGUCACUUAUGUGAAAGUAGGUGUAACAGAUCACCUGGCACCCUGGCUGGGUACCUAUGUUGACGGAAGCUCCUAGCGCUUACCAACGACCAUCAGCACUGCACAGAGCACUCCACUUGACACCUCCAGGCACUGGACGACACUCAGUCCUGGGAACUCUGGAACCGAAUGGGGAAUUAGCUCUAGUCUUUACAAGGACUUUCCCCGUUGAAUCUCCGGUAAGCUAGAACAGCAGACACAGGAGCAAGCUUUCUUCCUGCAAGCUGGAACAGCAGACACAGGAGCAGAUAUUCUUUCCCUCCAAUAACUGGGAAUGAGUAUUGAGUAUGCUGUGCAAUUUUGGGAACCUGUUCUAAAGAAGGAUAUUAUGGCACUAGAAAAAAUGCAGAGGCGGGCUACAAAAUUAAAAAAAGGAAUGGAACAUGCCAGCUAUGAAGAAAGGCUAACAAAUUUAAACCUAUUUAGUUUAGAAAAACGUCACCUGAGAGGGGAUAUGAUAACAUUAUACAAAUAUAUUCAGGGCCAAUACAUACCAUUGUGUGGAAAUCUAUUCACAAACUGGACUUUACAUAGGACACUAGGUCAUGCGUUUAGACUGGAAGAAAGAAGAUUUCAUCUAAGGCAAAGGAAAGGUUUUUUUACUGUAAGAACAAUAAGGAUGUGGAAUUCUCUGCCUGAAGAAGUGGUUUGAUCAGAGUCCAUACAGAUGUUCAAACAGCUACUAGAUGCAUACUUGCAAUAACAGAAUAUUCAAGGAUAUAAUCUUUCAAUGUAGGGUAAUAACAGCUUGAUCCAAGGAUAAAUCUGACUGCCAUUCUGGGGUAAAGAAGGAUUUUUUUUCCUAGCUUGUUGCAAACUUGUGCUUCAAACUGGGUUUUUUGCCUUCUUUUGGAUCAACAUCAAAAAACAAAUGUGAGGAAGGCUGAACUUGAUGGACGCAAGUCUCUUUUCAGCCAUGUAACUAUGUAACAGGACGACACACAGUUUUGGAGUGUAAGCAGGAACAGAAUGCACUGAGGCUUUAUUGCUUCUUUUACACACCUUUCCCCACAAGGUUACCACCCACGUGGACCUUGUGGUAGACAGGACACCAAGUUACAACAGCCAAUCAAUACAGUACAGUACGAUCAGACACUCCUAGCCAAGGCACACAAUCCCUCCCCUCUGCCUGUGAUAUAAUUACUAAACACAAUGGGCCAACUUAAUUAUCACAGGCAGAAAAUAUACAGUUUUUACACAAUUUCCAGAACUCCAAAAUUAUACAUCACAUUCGCAUAAAAUUUACAUAUUCUGAAACAGCAUAAUUAGAGAACCAACAUACUCAAACAUCAUGCGAAUCCGUUCAGUCGUUCGGGAGUUAGCUGGAAGUCACAUUUGACCGACCGCACGCACAUUUCAUGCCCAAAACAGUUCCAGAGAAUUGGGCUGAACGGCCGGUCUAUUUCCUAUAUCAAGUAGUUCAAAGAAACGAACGGCAACCGUUCAUGCAAAUGUCAAUGUGGCGUUCGUAUAGGCGAACGCCUUUUGACUACUGUCGAAGCGUCAGUCAUAUAGAAGGUAAAGUUCAGCAGUGUUCGUGCCGUCGAGUGUCCGAUUUUAGUUCCAUGAACUCAACGAUCAAACACUGCAGAACUGUGUUUGACUAAACAAAAUGGCCGCCGCCACAUGUUCGAAUGGUGGCCACUUCGGCACUUCAGCUGCAUCCGAAGUGCCAUUACAUAUGUACAAAUCCUUUCUCAUAGUAGUUAAAGGGGCAGAAGCAGUGUAACAAAAUCCAAUGUGCCCAAAUAACGCUUUUAAAGGGCAAUACAUCCAGGGGCCAUAGUCACAGGGCAGGAGGCGGGCAAGCAGGCCCCUCCAAAAACUCAUGGCAAACUCCCUUAAAAAGUAGAGUUUGUCACAGUAGGUAUUGAGUAAGUAAUGGUGUAAUGCAGCCUGUACAUAAGCUCUGUGUGACAGGCAAUGGCACUCAAAAUACAAAAGGAAAAGGACACUCUGUGUUGCUUAUGAUUCUCCAAUAAACUUGCAAUUGCCAGAUGUUUCUCGUACAUGGUUUGUCACCAUAAUACGUUUUGGGGGAUAAUAUCAGGAGCAGCAUAGGAAUGAUACAUAAUUUAUUAAAGGAACACUAUAGGGUCAGGAACACAAACAUGUAACACCCUAUAGUGUUAAAACCAUCAUCUAGCUUACCUGGAUCCUCCUCAUUGCCCACAUCCAUGUAGUAAAAUCUUACUUUUAUUCAAGUCUGCUGCUGCUGGCUCUUCCCCCGAUCUGCCUGCUUGGCUGAGAUCAUCAGCUGUAGAUACUUCUACUUGGCUAUUACCAUUUGUUAACAAUUCUUAUAAUUCCCAUAACAGGUUAUCUUCUUUAAACCUGUAACAACACGUCAAUUGAGUGUGUAAAUUGCUUUGCAGAUAAGCUUAAACAUUUAAACAAUGUAAAUUUACAUCGUUUUUAUCUUUCACUUAGGCAUUCAUCCUUUAUAAAAAUAUGUGGGAAAUGUAAAGCUUUAGAAAAUGAAAAGCUCAUCUUCCAACAUUUCACACAAGGUCUAAAAUAUCCCUAGUAUAAUGGCAAAAUGCUAUUUUUCUUACACAGUGACAAAAAUAGAUAAAUAAAAAUGGUAAAAUACCUUACUUAUCAAAAUAUUUUGAAGGACCCUGAAGGCCAGGGAUGGACUGACAGUGGCCUGGCCCCCGAGGCAAAAUUAGGACCUGGGCCCCCUGCAGAUCGAUACAUAUGCUGGUGUAGAUGUACCAUGUAUUUGAUUGUAUGUGUAGGUAAAAUGAAUGUAUGUUUAUGUGUAUAUCUUCACUGUGAGCCCUGGUGUAAGUGUUUGGUGUAAAUAUGUCUGUGUGUAGUGGAUUCAGAAUAUAUUUAAAUACAUGUUGUUGUUGUUUUUUUAAAUAGGGGAGUAUUUAUAUGUGUGUUUGUGUAGCAUGGCAGUAUGUAUAAGGGUGUGUGUGUGUGAAUCAUGGCAAUGUGUUUGUAUGAAGUAUGCAGGCCUCCAAAUUUUGCAUCUAGAAUUACAAACCAGGUGUUAAAAACUACAAGCCACCUUAAAGGAAAACUAUAGUGUCAGGAAUACAUAUGUGUAUCCCUGACACUAUAGGGUUAAAAUAGCAGCUUAGGUCCCCGGCCCCUCUUACUUGCCCUGUUAAAAAGGUGAUUUACUUACCUUUUUUCCAGCACCGCCUGGGUCUCCAUAAAAUUUGAUGAUCUCAGCCAAUCCAAUGCUUUUCUAUAGAAAAACACUAGAAGGCAAUUGCACAAUGCGUGGCAAAACACCAUCCUGCACCAAUCAGCAUCUCCCCAUAGAGAUGCAUUGAAUCAAUGCUUCUCUACGAGGAGCGUUCACAAUGUGCAGCACUGACCCAGGAAGCACCGCUAGUGGCCGUCUGAGUGACGGCCACUAGAUAUGUUUCUGUGCAGUGUUCACAUUAAAAAGCCUGCAGGGACAGGCAGUAGACACCAGCACAACUACAUUAAGCUGUAGUUGUUCUGGUGACUAUAGUGUCCCUUUAACUGCUUAUGUUUUUAUUUUAUGUUUUAAUUCAAGUAGUGGGUGUAGGGGGGUAGGGGUGUAGUGGUUGCAGGGCGUAGGGGCUGUAAUGGGUGCAGGGGCUGUAGCAGGUUCAAGGAUUAUAGGGGCUCUAGAGGGUGCCUGUGGGGGAUAUAGGGGCUGUACAGGGUGCCUGAGGGGUAGGGGCUCUAGUGGGUGCAGGAGGGGUAGGGGCUGUAGUGUGUGCAGGAGGUAGAGGCUGUAGUGGGUGCAGGGGGGUAGAGGAUGUUGUGGGUUCAGGGGGGGUAGGGGCAGUAGUAGGUGCAGGGGGGUAAGGGCUGUAGUGGGUGCAGCCCUUACCCCCCUAAAGCCACUUUACUGAGUGCAGGGGCUCUAAUGGGUGCAGGGGAAAAGGGCUUGAGUGGGUGCUAAGUGGUAGGUGAUUUAGUGGAUGCAAGGGGUGGGGAUUGUAGUGGAUGCAGGGGAGUAGGUGAUGUUGUGGGUGCAGGGGAUAGGGGCUGUAAUGGGUGCAGGGGGUAGGAGCUGUAGUGGGUGCAGGUGGGGUAGGGGCUGUAGUGGGUGCAUGGGCUUUAGUGGGUUCAGGGGCUAGAGACUUUAGUGGGUGCUAAUGGGUAGGGGCUUUAGUGGGUGCAAGGGGGUAGGGGCUGUAGUGGGUGCAGGGGGGGUAGGGACUGUAGUGGGUUCAGUCGGUAUAGGGACUCUAGAGGAUGCCUGGGUAUGGGUUAUAAUGGGUGCCUGGGGGUAAUAGGAGUUGUAUUAAGAGCAGGGGUAUAGGGAGUGUAGAUGGUUAUAGGAGCUUUGGUUGCUAAGCGGAUUGGAGAGAUAGGAGCUGUGAAGGGGCAGUAGUGGGGGAGAUUAGACACUAAAUAGUUUUAAUUGAAAAAAACAUUAAAAAGUCUUACCUUUGGCCAGGGAGGGGGGAAUUCUUAUCCUUGGGGUGGAUGCUUAACAUGCUGCCUGUAACACAGAUCAGGGCAGCUCCACAGGAAUGACAUUACUUCCUGCAGAACCAGCCACACAAAGCUGUCCUCAUCAGUGUUAUAGGCAGUAUGCUCAGUGUGGCUGUGCUGAUCUGCUGGCAGAGGCUCUGCUCCUGGAAUCUCUGACGAUUUCUCCCUAGUGAGGUCUUUAGAAAGGCCCCUUAGCUGUCCCUCAGAAUGCCCUGCAAAGGGAGGAGGGAGAUUUAUAGCAGCAGGGGCCCACACAGUGUUACUGAGUGCAGGCUGGCUGGGGAGCUUGUUUAGCUCUCCAGCUCAGCCAUUACUGCACUGCAGCAGGGGUGCCCCCCAGCAGUCCAGCUUACUUAAAAUGGCAAUAGAAUGUUAAAAAUGUCUGCAUUUCAGCAUAAUGCCCAUAUACAGUAAAUACAGUUUAAUUAAAUAUUUGCUAAAUAAAGAUAUUAAAAAUUAUUAUAUCAAUCUUUAUUAAUCUCUGGACUGUUAAUGUAAUUUUGACUGUGAAAUGGAUUGUUCACUCCUCAACCAUCCCUGACUGUAGGAAUGAUAUCACCUGUUGAAACUUCCUGUACUGUUUUGAAAGCAGGGGAAGCUUACAUUUUCAGCAACAUUACAGGUUUUAUUUUAGUGACUAGUGACUUCUGACAGAGAAAUUUGUUCCUCUACAGGCUGGUACAUGCAAAUAAAUACAUCUAUACUCUUUUAUAAUAUUGAAAGGGUUAAAACAUGUUUAGAUUGCAACCCCGUACAUUAAUGUAGAUUUAUAUACCAAAUAUUUUUAUUAGUUUAUCAUGACAUAGUGAUGCUUAAUCAUCCAUAGAUAAAUUGUGGAACUGCACUCAAACCCUUCACGUAAGGAAUCCUUGGGUGCUAGCCGGAUCAGUCCCUGUACCAGAGGACCAAAAGUAUAAGUAGAAAUGUAAAAAGUAAUCCAGGCACUCCAAAGUAUCCCCAAAAAGGCAACUUUUAUUGGACCCAUGAACCAAAAAACAACGUUUCGUCACUAAGGUCUUUGUCAAGCUACUAAACACAUACACAGCAAGCAAUAUAUAGGUGUACAGAUAAUUAACAAGUGACAAAACAUGUGAUAAAACAGGAUUAAUUAACCGCACAAUCUAUCAAUAAUCAUUAGCCAUGAUAUCUUAUCCAAUUAUUAUCCAACACAUCGGGGGGGUUAACCCUCAUAGGGCAAUUUAACCAAUUAAUAAUUCAACAAUUUAGUUAUACAACAUCUUAGUUGUCAGGGAUAUUAUUUAAUUAAGCAAAUUUUUGUAAAUUCUAAGGAUUCCAGAACAAAUCCAGUUACUUACAUUUCCGGAUCGGUCACAUGAUCGUAAGCAUGUGAUUACGCCUAAAAGGUAGGAACAUAUUUCUAGGUUAAUCAUAUGAUCAGACCCGUUCGGAUCGUAACUGGAGAACAUGCGCAACAAGGCGCAUGCGCAAUCAUGUUAAUUUCCAUCCGGCCAAUCAGCAUCAAGCACUAAUCCAUUAGUUAUGUUGCCGGGUAUCUCUUAAACAAGUACGAGAUACUUUUAGCAACAAUAUCAUUUGAGUUUCUAUUAUCAAUAGUAUCAAAUGCACAAAUAAAAAAAUUUAAGAAAUAGAUACAGAGGUUUAGAUGUAACGAGCCCUAUAUGAAAAAGACAGUCCAGAUGGUGGAUCAUAACUAAAAGGUGAGUCUAAACAAUACUAUUACCAAUAUUUUCAACAUAUUUUUCUUUUUUCUUUUUCUUUUAAUAUAUACCUUUCCCCAAUCACAGACCAUAAAAGUUUCAUCAUCACAUUAUCUUCCUUAAUUUUUUUCUUCAAAGUACUUCAUCACAUAAUAGAGAUUAAUGGUAAAAAACAUAAAAAUAAUUUUUACAAAAAUUGAUAAAAGUGAAAAAAAUAGAAAACUACAUAGCAGAAAAAAUAAAAAAUGUGUAUCAAUUUUUAAUGUUACACAAUAGUGAAAACAUACAAAUAUUUUCAUAAUAAUUUUGAUAACCUAAAUCAUUAUAAAAGUAAUAACGUUUUUUUGGGAUACUUUGGAGUACCUGGAUUACUUUCUACAUUUCUAUUUAUAGUGAUGCUUAAUGUGAUAGUUUGUUAAAGUUCUUCAAUAAUGUCUUUGCCUUUCUAGGAGUCGUUGAUGGAAGCUGGAGUUGCUGGUCCUCAUGGAGUUCCUGUGUAAGUGCAUCGGGAAGAAGAGUAAGAAAUCGAGUAUGUAAUAAUCCAUCUCCUACUGGUGGUGGAAAGAAAUGCAUUGGCGAUUCCAUAGAGUCCGAGAAGUGUGAAGAUGAUGACCUCUUACAUUAUCGGUAAAAUUCUUUGCGAUAUACUAUAUAUAUAUUUGUGGGGUGGCUGGAAAUUAGUGUAUCUGAUAACAUAAAACUGGGUUUGUUUGGAAUAAAUAAAAACCUAAAUCCAUAUAUCUGAAGCUCAUUGUUCACAAACCUCUUAAAAACUACCCAUGAUUCUAGUGUUAAUCAGCAACUAUUUACCCAGUGCUUUGGGAGAGCAAGCAAGCAGAAUAUUUUGAUGUUAAAAUAAGCCUGAAGCAAGUAUUAUUAAAACUUUUGGUGGGGUUUAUAUUCAUAACUUUGCUAAUUUAAAUACAAAUAGAAUAUAUUAAAUGUUUACUGAUGUCUUAACUCCUUACAAUUCAAUGAUGGUAAAUUCCAUUGUACUAAUUUGGAUCAUAUUCUAAAAUGGAAUAACCCACUCAUUUAAAGGAACACUAUAGUGUUAGGAAUAUAAAAAUGGAUUCCUAACACUAAAGUGCUGGAGUGGCUGUUUAGGUGACAACCCCCUUCAGAUUGCAGUGAAAAGGUAGUUAACAUCUCUCCAUCGCCUUGGCGGUCUCGCAGCAGCUAGGCCACGGCUCCAUGGCUGAGAUAAUCAAUCAUGAUGAUCUUAGCCAAUCUAUAUUUCCCAUAAGAAAGCUUUUGGAGGCUACUGAUAUUGUCCAAAGGUGCCACUGGUUCUUGAUAGAUUAAGCAAAGCCAAGAUGCUCUCCUAUGCAUAAAACCAAAAUAUAUUGAACAUAAAAGCAAAGCUGACAGUUUGGUCCAUGCAACCUACAGUAUUUCAUAAUCAAGCAGAGAAUGAAAAUAAUUUCUCAUUCAUUCAUUCAUUCAAAAUCAUUGAAAUCUGAAUGCCUUUUAUUCGGACAGCUGAGACUUUGUACUGUUAGAGGAAUGAGAUGAUCUAAGGGAGAGUUCGACAUCAUCAGGGUAAAGCUCGGAAGAAAAGAUAAUCCAUUGGAAAAACCAAUGUAUUACUAUGUUCCCAUAAACAGAACAAUAAGUGUUCCUUUUAACAGAAACAUGUUGUAUCUGAUAAUAAAACGUAAAUACACAGCCUACAUCUGCUAAUAUUUAUCCUUCCUAAAUGCCAUGCAUUCUAAGUAUUGCUCACCUGUUUGGUGACUGUAAUUGUCACAGAGGCACAAUCUGGACUUUGACUUUGGAAAUCAGUCAGUGCACAAUGAAUGUGGGAGUUUAUUACAUUUGCAUAUCAGGAAAAAUAAUUCAAAGGUUACUUGUUUUAUCCCAAAGACCUUUGGCAGCUGUGCUGAACCAUUCAUUUUCAGAGCUGCCACAUUCAUGCAUUAUUCCUCAUUAACGCGGCUACAUUUCCCUAGUGCUAAUUCUGUAAUUUAUCAAAACUGCUUCAUGUCUACGGGGGGAAAAAAAAAUGGAAGGAGAAUUAAUUUUUUUUAAAGCAGUCCUAAAAAAAACAAAAAACAAAACCUUGUAAAUAAUAAUAAUUAUGCAUUUGAAUUUUCUAACAUUCUUUGAAUGGGCUUAUGCAAUUCGUAAAGAAAAUAAUCACAGUUUUUUUUUUAUUGUGAUAUGUGUAUAUAUAUAUAUAUAUAGAUGAAUUAAUAUACAAUCAUACAUACAUAUAGAAAAGGUGGAGCUUCUAAAUAAUUCCACAGAUAUUCUGCAAAACAAAAUUGUUCAGAAAAUAGUGCAAUACAGUAAUUAAAAACUUUAAAUGAUAAAAUAGGAGAGUAGCAUCACUCACAAGCCUAGAGUCAUUAAUAUAUAUUUCUCCCUUGUACUAUUUAAACUAUGUUAAUAUGGAUUCUGUCAAAUCCAUCAAGUAAAAUCAAUAUACCAGAUCUCUAAAAUGUCAGCUAACAUCGGAUUAAGACAAAUCUUCAUCUUUUUUUAUGAUAAGAUAAUUUUCAGUCAUAGGAGAAAUUCAUUUCCAGAGAUGACAAGUUUACUGUUUAUGGGAUUAGGAACGCUGGAAUGGCAAUCGAUGAUAAAUUGAUAACAGUUAUGCAGAUAUUUAUUUUUGGAUUGUAUGAAUUAACUCUAUCAAUGGACUCCUAUAAUAAAGAGAGAAAUGUUUGGAUAUUUUAUAGAAGCAAAUCAGAGGGAAAUUAUCACAAUAUAGAUUUCGAUAUAAUUACACUAUGUUUUGGUGUCAAAUAAACAGUAAUGUUUUUCAAAGUGUGUUAUUUACCAAACAAUGAAAUGUUCAAAACAUAGACCAAAAAUACCAAUAUAUUAAAUACAAAUACAAUACAAAUAUAGUUGAACAGGAAAAAUAAAUGUAGUGAUUUGGGAAAAUUUUUAGUAUUCAGUUUGUUUAUGUUCACUGGGCUUCACUGUUUAAUACAUUUUUUUCAAACUUCUUAUUUAAUUCCCCUAUAUCCUCAGAAGGGAUCAUGCAAGGCAUUAAACAUGCUCAAGUAUGUGACUGGUUUAUUGCAAUAAUUCUAACGUUAAAAGCAUUCACGGAUAUAGAAAGAGGCAUAAUGUAAAAACAUGCAUUUUUCCCUAUUAACUUUUUUUCAUGUUUUAUUUUUUGUAGAACGGUAGAACCACACUGUUUUGAAGUGUCUCUAGAACAUACAGAAUUUUGCCAACCUCCUCCUCCUCUUGAAAAUGGACAUUUUCAGGUAUUGUAAAAUUCUAAUAAUUAAUCAGUUUCUAUUUCUUUCAUCUUCUCUCACAUUCUCAUCUACCUUUCCUGGCUAAUCAUGGCAGCAUCACUUAUGGGUAGCUCCGCCCUAAUCAGGAACAGGACAGGAUAAAAUCAAUUAAUAUGGACCAGACUGGGUAUAAAAGGUCCCUCCUCCUUCUAUCCCACAGUCUUUUUUCCUGUCCUUUCAGGACACACAGGAUAAUUUAUUUUGGGCCACCUUCCCAUGUGUACCAUGGGCCUCCAGAUGAAGUUCAGCCUCUCUUCAUCUGAAGAACUCAGUAAACAGCCUGCACGGGCAGGACUAACUGAGUUUAGUACAGAUUAGCAUCUGUACUAUUAUGGGAGAAAAAAGUUUCAAUUUGGAUGUGGGGUCGGCUGUUACCUUAAAAACCCCCCUUAUAGCAUCUAACCCCCCUGAUCUGAGGUCAGUUAUUGGGAGAGCCUAGGGUAAGUGCUUAUUUCUGAUAAAUUUUCUUUGGGUGGAAUUUACCUAUGGUACUAGAGGUGUUGUCUGAAAACCCCUUUGCUCCAUUAGAUGAGCUGGGUAUUGUCUUAUUAACAUAUAAGACCUUGUUUCUGGUGGCUGUUACUACUGCAAAGCGUAUGUCAGAAAUUCAUGCUCUUUCCUGCGAUGAAAAUCACUUUCAAGUAUUCCACGACAGGGUGAUCUUGAGACCCAGACAAGAGUUUCUGCCGAAAGUUGUCUCAAAUUUCCACAUCUUACAAGAGAUUGUUAUUCCUUCCUUUUAUCCAUCUCCUUCUACUCCAGAAGAAGUGAAACUUCAUCAAUUGGAUGUCAGGCAGUGCCUACUCAAGUAUUUAGAGGUUUCUACUCAAUUUCGGAAGUCUCAACAGCUGUUUGUUCUGCCGAUUGGUCCCAGAAGAGGGGAGGCAGCAUCUACUUCCACCUUGAGACGUUGGAUCUCCAAUACUAUAAUCAAGGCUUAUCAGUUGAAAGACCUUGUUCCUCCUAGUAGGAUCAAGUCACACUCUACAAGGGCUUUAGCAACUUCAUGGGCUAAUUGGGCAGAAGUUCCAUCUGACGACAUCUGUAAGGCAGCUACAUGGUCUUCUCCUCUCACUUUCAUCAAACAUUACAAGAUGGAUUUGGCAUCUUCCUCUACGGCUUUUGGUAGAGGUGUUCUGUCCUCUGUGGAAUCUAUCUAAAUUAAACCUUUUUUCAGCAUUAUAUGGUUUGGAGUUUUUGUUUUGUUUUUGAAUUUCCCACCCUAUGGUGAAGCUUGGGUAUUACCCAUAAGUGAUGCUGCCAUGAUUAGCCAGGAAUACAGAAAAUUUUAUCAUACUUACCGUAAUUUUCUUUUCCAGGCUAUUAUUCAUGGCAGCAUCAGCAACCCCCCCUGGUUAUCAGAUUAGCUUUGGAACUAGACUGUGGGAUAGAAGGAGGAGGGACCUUUUAUACCCAGUCUGGUCCAUAUUAAUUGAUUUUAUCCUGUCCUGUUCCUGAUUAGGGCGGAGCUACCCAUAAGUGAUGCUGCCAUGAAUAAUAGCCAGGAAAAGAAAAUUACGGUAAGUAUGAUAAAAUUUUCUGUAUUAUUUCACUCACAGGGUUAUUCACUAAAGAGAGAAUUGUCGAAAUUCAAAAUGAAUUUCAAAUUUAAUGUCAAAGUAGCUGAACUGAGAGCAUAGUUGAUUUAGAUUUGAGCUAUUUUGGCCUUAAAUUUGAAAUUCACUUGGAAUUCACUUUGAGUCCCUAACAUUUUGUCUCAUUUUAGUAAAUAACCCUCUCAGUCUCUUUUCGAUUAGAGAUUACCGAGACUUCUAGUUUCCUCUGUAUCCUCUUAUCCUUUCUCUCUCUCUCUCUGACUAGAGAGUACAUACCCUGGAGAACUAUUUAGAUAAUGUCCCCCCCCUUUCUUCCUAGUCUGUAUUUUUGUUUACUCUACCCCUUAGAAGGCCUCCUUCCCUAUGAGUGUUUUGUUCGUCCUCCUGUCUAGGACCCAUAACCUUUUGAGGGUCCUUCCUCUGUUAUUUGUUGCUAGUUUGACGGUUACCCCUCGGUUUAGGAGGCAGGCAUCACUUUGAGACAAGUCACCUGUCCUUGAUUCUUGCUUCGACAUCUGAAUUGCGCUCCUGUUGAGUGACUUCUUCUCUCUUUCCACAUAGUGACUUCUUCUCUCUUUCCACAUAUAUAACUAAUACACUGGCACAGGAAUACACAGCAUGUUAAGUCACUGUUGAGAAACCAGUUUCACAAAUAGAAAAGUUGAAAGAUUACAACUUGUGUUUUGUUUUUUGUUUUUUUUAUCUUUGCAUCCUAUGAGUUUAAUGACCAAAGAAAGUAGGCACAUUGAGAAGCUAUUUUAGUAACUCUAUACAACACUUGUGGGGUUAUCCAUUAUAUUUGGACCAGCUGGUAAAACAAUUGAGUUUUGCAGAAUGUUUUCACUUUGUCUGUUUUGGUUUAAAAUUAGCAUUGUCUUUGAUAAUUCUCUGCUAUUUCUGGUUUAGCAAAUAAAUAUUUCACCAGGGGUUUUACCUUCCCAGUAACAUCUCUGGUUUGUGAUCUCUUUACAGGACACUGGAUCCUCAUUUCAUGUUGGGAAACGCAUUACUUACACAUGCAAUGAAGGGUAUUCCCUGGUUGGUGAUUCUAUUGCAGAAUGCAAAAAAGACCUUACGUGGCACAUUGAACCCAUACAUUGCAAACGUGAGUGUAACUUGCCUUUUUGUAAAUUGUCAGGUUUUGUAAAUUGUCAGGUUUCCUUUAAUAAUAAAUCUAUCACCUCGAGUUCAAUGUAUAGCUCUUUACCUUGUCCUGGUCCAAGGACACUGUGUGUUUUAAAGAUUUUAUUUUCCAGUGUUUGCGAGGUGGUAGAUUCAUGAGUGGGCCAGGAUUUUCAGCAACAUUUAUUCCAACUGUAGGAUAUGUAAUUAGGCAGCAGGAACUCUGGUGAACCUGAAGAACAGUUUAAUCACAAAUUUGUGCUAAGAGGCAAAUUGGGUUUGAACAUCUCAUGGCCACAGAAAUACAAAGUGACACCUUGUGUAUAGAGGAUAAUUUUCACUGCCCCUAAAUACCAAAGCAUAUAACGUCACUCUUAUUGUCUUCAAAGUGCGCUGAAGCCCUGCAUAACCCACAAGUUCUUGAAAGACUAGUUGACUGGACUAGUUAAUUAUAACCCAUUGAAAACCCAACAACAGCUUCCAGCUAGUUGGACAACCAAUUUGUGGCUGCAGCAAUUGUAGCACAAAACCUGAAAAUAAAAGUCAUAGAAUUUGUAUAUAUUUUUUCUAGGCUAGGGAAUGACACAUAACUCGGUCAGUGAGAACAUAUAAAACAUUUAUGGGAACUAAGACAUAGGAAACCAUUAAUCACACAUAUUGUGGGUGUUAAAUGCAUAUAAUUUAAAAAAAAUAUGUAUUUGCUUUAUAAUAUUUUUAUUUCUUAUAGGAAUUAUGUGCCCUUAUCCACUUUUUCCAUAUAAUAUUAUAAGUGAUUCAAAGAAGUCAGCUUACCAGGUUGGAGAUAAAAUAGGGAUCUCGUGUCCAUCAGGAUUUGAAUUAGAUGGUCCUAAUAGCUUUUUGUGCCGAUCCAGUCUCAGCUGGUAUCCUGAUACCCAAGGUGUUCAGUGUAAAAGAAAAGGCAAGUAAUUCAAACUCUGAUUAAGAUUCAUCAUUCCGUUAUUUGUUGUGUAAUUCAUAUUAACUCAUAACCUUCUACUAGUGAAGCUUGUAGAGUACUAAUCGAUGUCCACCUCUGAAUAUAAGGAGAGUUAUUUAUCAAAGUGUUCUGAAAAGUGGUGGUUACAUUCUGUCAUGAUGUUGAUCAUAUUUAUUAAAGUGACCUAAAAAAUGACCUAAAAUUUCAGCUUUCACAGACAUUUAUGAUGCAGAAGUCCCUCAAAUUUAUAGUGGUGCAAUAAUUACACCACUUUUCUGUUGGAAAACGUGAUGGAAAUAUUCAUUAAUUUAUUGCGUUGGUGAAAAGAGGUACAUAUGCAAAACUAACUGCUAUGACACAAAAUUUAAUAAAUUGUGCCCAUAAAAUUCACUGAAAUAUUGAUUAGAUGGAAAAGUGUUGGUGACACUUUGAUAAAUCUCCAAUAUUGUGUUCUUUCACAGCUAGACUUAGUAUAAGCAUUAAUCACUAAGUCAACUAACUUGUUUUGGAGCUACCACAAACACUUUAGUCUAACUACCCUAAGGAUUAUCACAAAUGAUGCAAUUAAAUUUCAGACAUUUUCAUAAUACAUGCAUAUUUUUUUGUCUGGAAAUUAGAUUAAAUUAAACAUCCAACUGAUAUAGCCAACAUAAAAUAUAAAAAUGGACCAUUAUGUUACCAUAUACAUUGGUCAGCCACAACAUUAAAACCACCUGUCUAAUAACAUGUAGGUUCCCCUCGAGCUGUCAAAACAGCUCUGGUGCAUUGAGGACUAGUCGCCACAAGACCUCUGAAUGAGUCCUGUGGUAUCUGGUAUCAGAUCCUUUAAGUCCUACAAGUUGCAAGGUGAGCCUCCAUGGACUGAAUUUGUUGUUAAGCAAAUCGCACAGAUGCUCAAUCAGAUUGUAAUCUGUGGAAUUUAAAGGCCAAGGUAACACCUUGAACUCUUUGUCAUGUUCCUCAAACUAUUCCUGAACAAUUUUCCAUUGUGGCAGAGCGCAUUAUUCUGCUGAAAAAGAUCACUGCUAUCAGAGAACACUUUUGCCUUGAAAGAACAUUGUCCAGAGAAAACACUGCCUCCGUCGGCCUUCUUACUUCCCAUAGUACUUUCUUCUGCCAUCUCUUUCCCAGAUAAACGAUGCACAUGCACCCGGUCAUCCACUAGGCCCAAAAUAAAACAUGAACCAUCAGACCAUGCAACCUUCUUCCAUUGCUCCAUGUCCAGUUCUGAUGCUAACAUCCUCAUUGAAGGUGCUUUCAUAAGUUGAAAGGUGAUCAUAGGCACUCUGGCCAGUCUGCGGCUACACAAAUCAUACACAAUUGCUAAAUUUUUGUUGUAAUAUUCCAUGUGUCUUUCUUAUGUUAUUUAACCUGCCUGUUUGCAUCUGCAGUCGUUACCAACCCUAUUUAAAUGAUGCACAAUACCUUUUACUAAGCCUCUUCUGUAUAUUUAAUAACAGUAUAUUGUAUUUUAUUACAGUUAGUGGAGUGACACCCAAAACACCUGGACCUAAAUGCCAGCCAUGGGAAAAAAUCCAAGAUUCAAAAUGCACUUGUAAAAUGCCAUAUGAAUGCGGGUAAUGUAAUGAUUAAUUUGCUAUUUUCUGUUGUUUACAGCAACGAGAGACAGAUAUGAUUUAAAUGUGUUUUUUCUUAGCAGAGUGAAUUUGUAUCUCUAACGAGAUCUAAACCCAAGCAAUUUAUAAGGAAAACAACAUUCAAUAAGUUGAUCUAAAAACAAUUUACAACUGUGCUUAAAGUUAAAUUGGAUAAUAUUUUCAUAAACUUUUCAAUCAUAUACCGUUAUUGGAAAAAAUCAACAUGUAUAAUAUGUAUAUACAUAGUAUAUAGGUGUGCUGUUAAAAUGUCACAAUUAAAAUUAAAGGACCACUCUAGGCACCCAGACCACUUCAGCUUAAUGAAGUGGUCUGGGUGCCAGGUCCAGCUAGAGUUAACCCAUUUUUUUAUAAACAUAGUUUCAGAGAAACUGCUAUGUUUAUUAAUGGGUUAAGCCUUCCCCCAAAGCCUCUAGCGGCUGUCUCAUUGACAGCCGCUAGAGGUGCUUGCGUGAUUCUCACUGUGAAAAUCACAGUGAGAGCACGCAAGCGUCCAUAGGAAAGCAUUGAUAAUGCUUUCCUAUGCGACCGGCUGAAUGUGCGCGCAGCUCUUCCCGCACGUGUGCAUUCAGCCGACGGGGAGGAACGGAGGAGGAUCGGAGGCAGAGAGCUCCCCGCCCAGUGCUGGAAAAAGGUAAGUUUUACCCCCUUUCCCCUUUCCAGAGCCGGGCGGGAGGGGGACCCUGAGGGUGGGGGCAACCUAAGGGCACUAUAGUCCCAGGAAAACGAGUAUGUAUUCCUGGCACUGUAGUGGUCCUUUAAGCUCUUUAAACUACAAUAUAUUUGUGCUUAGAGCUGAUUAAAAAUGCCUCCAGGGUAAAGUUAAAAAAAAUCUAUAGUGCCAGGAAAGCAAAGAAUUGGAAAACUGAUGGAAUCAAACAAUGAGAUUUAUCAAGGCAAAACAGGUGCUGUUCUGGGUCAAAACUGCUAAGACAUUUAAUGACAUUCUAUUGGUUUCCAUGGUGAUUGCUCAUUAUUUAGCAAUUUUCACAAGAAUAGCAUCUGUUUUUGACUUGAUAAAUCUCCUCUAAAAAUAGGGGCAAAGCACCUCAAUAUAAAGGAGGUGACGCAAUUCUAAUAACUGUAAAAUUUAUACCCAAAUUCCUUCCAUAUAUUUACAACAUAUCCCUAUGAAUGUAAAAGAAUUGUUAUUGUGUAUUAUAUAUAAUCUCUUAAUAUCCCUUAAAAGAACACUAUAGCGUAAGGAAUACAAAUGGUUAAUUAACCAUUUAUUUGCUUAUCUUAAUCCAGCGCCGGGCUCCCUCGGCGCUGGUGACCUCUCCUCCUCAAUCGACAUCAGCUCCCGAGUGGUGCCGAAUGCGCAAGAGCGGCCAGCGCAAUCAAACCCACCCAUAGGAAAGCAUUACUCAAUGCUUUCUUAUGGGGAUAUUUUUUGACGCUGGAGGUCUGUGAGGACAAAUUAGUGCGAUUUACUGUAAAUCAGGGAGACAGCAACUAGCGGCUGGAUUAACCCUGCAGUGUAAACAUAGCAGUUUCUCUGAAACUGCUAUGUUUUCAGCAGCAGGGUUAAAACUAGGGGGACCUGGCACCCAGACCACUUCUUUGGGCUGAAGUGGUCUGGGUGCCUAUAGUGGUCCUUUAAUAUUUUGUGCAUAAUUAGCAAUGCUUUUUACCAUGUUGAAUCAAAAUCAGUAUAUUUGCUUUUGAGGCAAAACCUGCAGCCAAUAGAGUUUUUCAUGAGAUAUGGACAUUAAAAUGAUUUAUCUUUUAGACCUUCACUUGAUGUGUGUGCCAUUGAUGGAAGAAACAAGAAAAAUGUUCCACUUACAGUUUGUAAAAUGAAUGCUCUGACAUGUCUGGGAAGGACGUAUACUCUGACUGAAGCUGCAAACUGUAAAUUCCAAGAGGCAUCUGAAACACCAUGUUACUCAUGUAAUCCUGAGGACGUUUGUUCAGGUAUAAGGGUUUCCUUAAGUACAAUGGGUAUGCCACCAUAGAUGUCAGUACUGCAUAUGUACACAGAAACACACUCACACAGAAACACUGAAAGAGAUACAUGUAUAAUGGCGCACACACACAUGCGCACAGUGACACCAACAUACACAGAUGCAUACACACAGUUACACAUAGUGACACAUUGACAUAUCCAGAGGUACACAAAGUUACACACACACACACGCACGCGCGCACACACACACGUAGGAAAAGAACACAUAUAUUUCUAGUGACCUUAUUGUGCCCCGUGAGGCAGCUACACUGGCUACACUACUGGUAGUUUCAUUUUUGCUUGGACAGGAGCCAAAAGCAAAGGAAAGUCCUGGCAAAUUUGUGACAGUUAGCAACCUAUGUGCAGACAUCAGUAUCGUCAACUGAGCUGACUAUUCAUUUCAAGUAUUUAUUUCAGACAUAUAGUGCUUGUAAUAUACCAUUAUGAAUGACGCUAUAGACAUGAAAGUGAAAAUAACAUCUAUGCUGAUGAUCUAAUACAUUUAUAUACAUUUGCAUCUGUUGUGGAGUAGAGAUAUUCCAGCUGUACAAUUUAGCCAAAAGGAGAACCAGUCAAUAUAGGAAUGUCUUACUAGUGACAUGACUUCCUGGUCUACAAAGGACUGUCCCCCCUCUCCCUGGAUUUCAUUGAAAUAAAAACAAAACAAAACAACAACUAAAAAAAGCAGGUUAAUGCUGCGUAUGUUGUGUCUGUCAUUAGUUUCACAGUUCCCUACAUUUGACUCAUUGAUGGUUGGAGUAGUUGCUAAGUGGCUGAGCAACUGAUCAUGUCGUCCUGUUACCCCAUUACAGACCCCAGUGACAUGCUUAGUCUGCUCUUCGAUUUCUGAUGUCACUCAUUGGCUUUGUAUUGGCAAUCAGAUCCUAGACAGUCCUUCAUAUUGUCAUGUCUUCCCAGGCUUUAUAUUGGUAACAGCAUCAAGGGGUGGAGUUGGACCACGUGUUUGUUAAUUCCUGUAUACAUUGGUUUAUGGUGAUGAACAGGUGAACAUAUGUGCUUUUAAAAUUUUUAGAGACAACUAAAAAAGAAGUUGUAUGUGUUUUACGUUGGUGAGCUAAGGCUUGGCUAGGGAGCAGUGACUAUAUAUUAUUUAUUUAUUUAUAUUUAUUUAUAACGUGUUUUACCAGAAAGGAUACAUUGAGAUUUCUCUCGUUUUCAAGUAUGUCCUGGGUCCACAAAACAUUGCAUUGAUACAAUAGGGUACAAUAAAAUACAAAAACAAUAUUAAUACAUAAUAUAUACAAAUAUAUUUAACAUAUAUAUAUUUAAUAUAUUUAACAUAGAACAGGUAGGAAAUAUGUAAUCAACCAUGACACGGGAAUUCUGUUUUGAGGUAUGUAGAGAGGGAUCUCUUAAAGGAUUUUAGGCUUGGGAAAGAAUUAAACGUGUGCGAGAGUUUGUUCCAUAAGUGCGAUGCUCUGUAGGAAAAGAAGGAUCAAGACGCUUUCUUUUUGUAUUGCGGAAGACUAAAUAAAGUGCUGGUACUGGAUCGGAUACUAUAGGAUGUGGGAACAGCCGGGAGAGUUUCCCAGAAAAGCUCUUAAACACAAGGCUGGAAAGAUGAAGGGUGCGUCUGGAUUCCAGCAACAGCCAGUUUAGUUCUUUUAGCAUGUCACAUUGGUGGGUUCUGUAAUUACAUUGUAGCACAAAUUGGCAGAACAAGUUCUACAAUGUAUUGAGUUUAUUAAUGUGAGAUUGCUGUGCAGAUGCAUAUACUACAACUUGUUUUUUUGUGAUCCACUUUUCUACCUCUGUGAACUGGUCUUGCAGCACAGCCUCAAGUUGCGGUAGAUUGGAUUUGCAUGCAUAGAUUACUGUGUCGUCUGCGUACAUGUGUACAUUUGAGGAUUUGCAUACAUUAGGCAGAUCAUUUACAAAUAAUGGGAAUAGUAGGGGGCAGAAAAUGGAACCUUGGGGAACACCGCAAGUGACUGGGAGAGGGAGGGAGUGGGUGUCAGAAAUGGACACAUAUUGUGAUCGAUCCGAUACAUAUGAUCAAAACCAGGUUAGCAGACAAUCACCAAUACCUGAGUUUUUUAGUUUGUGCAGCAGAAUGUCUUGGUCUACUGUGUCAAAGGCCUUUGCAAAAUCAAGGAAAAUAGUUCCAGUUAGGUCUUCUUGUUCCAUGCCAGUUUGGAUGUCAUUGCAAAUUUUUAAGAGGGCAGUUGUAGUUGAGUGAUUCGGGCGAAAGCUCGAUUGAUCAGGGGUCAGGGAGUUUGAUUGUUUUUUAAUGUUCACAUAGUUGCGCAGGGACGCAUUUUUCCAAGAUUUUUGACAAUACUGGAAGCAAUCAUAUUGUAUAGUUAGAAAUAAAAGAAGUGCCACCACCUCUAUGGAUAGGCACUACUCUCUCAGUCUUCCAGAGUUUGGGGAUGUAUCCAGACACCAAGGAUUCGUUAAUUACGGUUGUGACAGGUUUAGCAAUUGCCAGCGCACUCAGCUUCAACAGCAUUGCUGGGAUUUGACUAGGUCCAGACUGACUUUUCAUUUUUAGAUUAUUAAGGCAUUUCUUAAUGACACUAAUAGGUACAGGUCUAAAAUUGAACUUUUCUAUAUUGUGUCUUUGCAAACUUAGUUGGGGCUUGAUCCAUAUUUGUAGCUUCAGGAUGUGUGUCAUUUAUUAGCGUGGCAAUCAGGGUGGUGGAGAAUCUGGCAAAAUAAUUGUUAAAGGUAUUUGCUACCUUUAAGGGAAGUUGCAGGGUUUGGUUAUCCACUUUGACAGUGGAGGGUUGGGAGUGGAUUGGGGGAGUUUGUAAGUUAUUUAUGAUCUUCCAAAAGUUUCAAGGGUUUGAAAUGUUAUUGUUCAGAUUUUCACAGAAAUAUUUGGCCUUGGCCAAUUUUGAUUGUUUUGUGCCAUUUUCUAUAUGCACAGUGAUCGUUCAUAGAUCCAGUACGCUGAUCUUUGACCACAAUGAAUCCCGAAACUGGUACAUUUGAAUGAGGUCAGCUGUGAUCCAGUUCAUAUGUGCCCCUUUUACUCUCACCUUAACCAGCGGGACAUGCAAAUUCCAAACUUAUAGGAGUUCGUACUGAAAGAAUACAACUGCACAGUCUAAAUCUGGGAUUAGGUUUAAUUUGUGCCAUGGGAGUUUUUUGAUGUCAUUUAGAACGUAUUCAAGAUUAAAUAUUUUGAAGGACCUGGUGAUUUUAACCUUUGGAGAGGAUUUAGUAGCCUUUAUUUUGCGCACGCAGUACACUAAGCAGUGGUCACUUAAACUGUUAGGGAGAACACCUGCUUCCUGGAUUCUAUCAGGAGAAGUAGAGAGAAUCUAAUCCAGUAGGGUAUGGUUAUGGCUUUUAAUGUUUAUGCCAGUUGGAGAGGAGAUUAAUUGUGUUAGCUGCAAAGUCUUAAACAGCGAGCAAGAACUAUUAUUUAUUAUUUUAGGAUUUAGCCAAUCAAUAUUAAAAUCUACAAAAACCAAAAAUUCACUUUUUGGGUUUUGAGCUAUGGUUUCACUAAGGAGAUAGGCUAUGUCAGAAAGGGAAUGCACUGGGGAGCUAGGUGGGUGGUAGAUUCCUGCAACAUUGAUUGAUUUACUGUAGAGGAUCUCUAUUUUGCCAGAAAGGAAAUCAAAGGUGGUAGGAGACCUAAAGUUUUGUAAGGGGGUAAACUUUAUGGAAUUGUCAACAUACAUUACAUUGCCUCCUCAUCGUCUUGCUCUGUCAUUUCUAUGGCAUGAAUACCCAUGUAUUGCAAUGGCAGAGUCAGGUAUUUUUGUGGUUAGCCACGAUUCAGAGAGUACAAUGCUUUUGUAACACCAAGCUUGCAGUGCAUCAAUUUUUGGUAGUAAGCUGCGGAUGUUACAGUGUACAAAGGAGAGGCCUUUUAGACUCUACAUCAUUUGCAAGGGCAAGUACCAUGAGUAAUAGGAAUUUGGACAUUAUCUUAGUGUGGUAGUAUUGCUAUUGUAAGGUUUUAUACUUUUGUGGGGUGGUGAGUUGGAGGGCUUGAUUUCAACACUCUCCACCAGCACUCACCAGUGGGGAUUAAAAGGGUAGUGAUAGGAACAUGACAGGAAUGUGAAGAGGGAUACAAGGAAUAUCAACACGGUCAAAUUUGGAGCCAUGUACAGGAGGGGAGGAGAUGAAAACAAAAAUUAAAUAAGUUACAAGUAGUGCAUAUAUGGUGAAAAAGUAGUACUUACACUACACAUAUGGCUAGGUAAAGAACACAAACAUAAAUGCAGCAUGCACAACAGGGUGUGGAUGAUAAUGAAGAUGUUGAUUGAAGCACUGACUGCUGUUUUCCUCCUUGUGUCCUCCUUGAUGAACUCCCUUGGUAAACUCUUAUGAUUUAGGGCACUUAUUGGAAGUUGCUAUUUGAUGGAUAGUGGCACACAGAUGGAAUGUGGCCUGUGCUCCCUUUGGUCGUGUCCUUCACAGUGACUUAACUAAAUAGGGAUCCCACUCUGCCUUGAGAUAGUCAAUUGGCUUGAUUUCUCCCAAUAAAGUUUGACACAUGAGAUGGGUGGGAUUGGACGAAACUGGACCCCAAUUCCCCAUCCAACUACCGCCCUAUAUCGCUACUGCAGUUUGCCUCCAAGAUCCUUGAGAGCAGUGGCUAUAUAGUCCCUCUGCAUAUGUCUUUUUAGGUAUGUAGGCUAGUGUCUUCCCUAAUUCAUAUCUGCCCCUAGUUUUUUUUUCACAAAGUCUCCCCUUACUAGUCUUCCCUGACCCCCAAGAAGUCUUUUUUACAUUUUUUGAUUCUAUAUCACCACUUUAUCAAUCUUUGUAUAUGAAAGAUUAUCUGCCACCUCUUCUAGGGUUUAUCACUGUCUCUCUCCAGUGCCUUUUCUUUUCAGGUUACGUGGGUAUCAGACAAAUUUAUGAAACAACUGCCAUUCCUGGUCAGAUAAUAUGGAUAAUUGAUAUGCCUUUCUAAAGCAGUGGGGUUUUAAGGCUUUCUUAAAUGAUUGAAGAGUCAGGGAAAGUCUAAUAGAUUAGGAAUUGGGAAUUUCAUAAAACGGAGCAGCUUCUAAAAACAAAAGUUAGCAGUGAGUGUGGGAAUCGAGGCAGAAGUCAGUUUUUAGGGUGAAGUGUCAGGAUGGAACAUAUUUACUAGGAAAGAUAUGCGGGUUGGGACACUGUUGGCAAGUGCUUUAUAGCUAAGGACUAGGAUUUUGAAAUUACCUACCUCAGUGUCUCCUUUCUUUUAUUUCUCUCCUUGUAUUUCCCCUUUCUUUUUAGCGUUCAUUUUAAAGGAUUUUAUGUUCCAAUCGAGGGUCAAGUACAGGCGACCCAGUACUAUCUUGAGUUUCAACAGGCAUAUGAGGGAACACUAAGAGUAAUCUAUCCAAGUAUCUCACUCCAUUUUGGCUUUCAAUGAUAGGCUGUUAAGGAAAGAUCAUUUGAUGCCCUUAUGUAGCACACAGUCUCUUUAUUACACAGACACUCUAAACACAAAACAACUAGCUAAAUGAAGCAGUUUUUGUAUACAGAUAAUGCCCCUGUAGUCUCACUGCUCAGUAUUCUGCCAUUUAGGAGUCAAAUCACUUGUUUUUAUUCAUGCAGUCCUAGUCACACUUCCGCUGGCCGUGACUGACAUGCAUGAAAAAAGAGUGUUUUUUCUGCUCUCUGUAACCUCCUCCUUUGGCCUCACACAGGGCCGGUGCAAGGAUUUUUGCCACCCUAGGCAAAACAUUUUUUGCCUCCCCCCCCAUAUGUCCUGCCCACCAUGUGACAUCACAAUACCCCGCCCAUAUGCUCUGCCAUAUGGGCCAACGCCAGUCUUCACAAAGUGUCUUUUAUCUGAAAAGACAGUGUGUUUACAUUAAAGAGCCUACAGGCACAGGCUAUAGACACCAGAACCACUACAUUAUGCUGUAGUGCUUCUGGUGACUAUAGUAUCCAUUUAAUGUGAGGUAAAUUAGAGAUUAGUGCCACUAAUAAUAUAUUGGAUUGCCUACUUACCACCAGAUGAGGAUUUGUAACAGUGCUCAAAACAAUUAACGAACAGGAAGCAGCUCCAUUUUUUAGGGCCCCUUACACAGCUCAAGGUCUGGGCCCCCAGGGCUUGACCGUGAGUAUUCCUACAAUGCCCACCCAUAAAUCCACCUACAUGGACCACCCGUGAGUUCUCUCACAGGAAGUGGAGUGUAUGUGUGUAGGGGAUGUUUUAUGUGUUAUUGUAGAGACUGCAACGUGUGUGUUCUUAUAGAAUGUAGUGUAUAGGGAUACCAAUUUCUGUAAGGGAUGUAGUGUGUUUAUAGGGGAUGCAGUGUGUGUUUGCGUGUAAGGAAUGCAUUGUAUGUUUCUGGGUGUGUGUGUGUGUAAGGGGUGCAAGGUGUGUUUCUGUGUAUUUGAUUGAAUGCAGUGUGUGUCUGAGAUGCAUUGAUUGUGUAAGAGAUGCAUUUUGUUUCUGUGUGUAAGAGAAUGAGUUUGUGUGAACGUAAGGGAUGCAUUGUGUGUUUCGGGUGUGUCUGUGUGUGAGUAGGAAUGCAUUGUAUGUUUCUGUGUGUGUGUUUGUGGGGGGGGGGUGCAUUGUGUAUGUGUGUAUGUGUGUAGUGUAAAAGAGAGGGUUUGUGGGGUAGGAUAGGGACUGAGAGGGGAGCAGCUCUUUAUUUUUUAAAUUUUUUGCAUAGUGCUCACCCUCCUGUCAAUUAUUGAUUUCCCCUUCCCUCCUGUCCCUUAGUGCUCUCCCUUGGCCCCCUGUAGUCCCCCCUUGGUGGUCUUCUCACUCCCCCUUAGUGGUCCUCCAUCCCUCCCCUUAGUGGACCUCCCUCUCCCAAACCCCUUAGUAGACAUUCCCCUCCUCCCCCCACCCCCUUAGUGGUCCUUACCCUCCUCCCCUCUCCUUAGUGGUCCUCCCUACUUACCCCCCUUUGGUGGUCCUUUCCCCCCUUAGUGGUCCUCCUUCUCCCAAACCCCUUAGUGGACCUCCCCUCCCUCAGUGGUCCUUACUCCCCACCACCCCUCCCCCAGUGGUCCUUACUUUCCCCCUCCUCCCUCAGUGGUUCUUACUCCCCCCUUCCUCCCCCAGUGGUUCUUGCUUUUCCCCCCCCUCCCUGGUGGUCAUACCUCCCCGUGGUCCUUGCCUCCUGGUGGUCACCCACCACCCCUCCCUGGUGGUCCCUUGCCUCUCUCCUCCCCUCCCCUGGUCUUUACAGCUUCCCCUCCCCUCCCUCUGUGGUCCUUGCCUCCCCCCCUCCCCUGUGGUCCUUACCUCCCCCCCCUCUCCUGUAGUACUUACCUCCCCCCCCUCCCCCUGUAGUCCUUUUUUUCCGGUCCGCCUGCACCUCCCAUGUCUCCCCGCUCUGUCAGUCCCUACAUUGGUUUCCAGUUAGAUAUAGGGCUCAAUUUAAGAUUCUGGUGCUUGCUUACAAGUCCCUACAAAUGCUGCUCCAACCUACCUAUCCUCCCUAAUACAAAAGUAUGUCCCGUGGACAGGGACGGCCUUAGGGGUGUGUGAGCUGUGCGGCCGCACAGGGCGCCGUGGAGCAGGGGGUGCCCUACAGCCGACACAGCUCACACAUGGCCGGCUACCCGGGUGGAGUAUUUCAUUAUUCUCCACCCGGGAUUAAAAAAAACCUCCCAGCAUUGCGGCGGGGGCGGGGCUUACCUUGCGGCAGGGGCAGAGCUAAUUGACGGUGGGGGCAGAGCUCAAAUGACGGCAGGGCAGAGCUAAAAUGAUGGCUGCAUGGGAAGCAGGAAGGAGUCCCUGCUUCACCAACAACCAGACCCCAGGAGCUGCCUGCACUGCCUUCCCUCCCAGACCAUAAAGGACAGAGGUAACCAUAAAGGACAGAGGUAACUGCCUGUUUGUGAGUGUGUGUGAGUAUGUGCAACUGUCUGCCUCUGUGUGUGUGAGAACCUGUGUGUGUGGCUGUCUGCCUAUGUGUGUGUGUGUGUGAGUGACUGUCUGCCUGUGUGUGUGUUUGUUUAACUGUCCCCCUGUGUGUGUGUGUGUGUGUGUGUGUGUGUGUGGCUUCUGCCUCUGUGUGUGUGAGUACCUGUGUGUGUGUGUGUGUGUGAGAUCUGCCUGUGUGUGUGUGUGGCUGUCUGCCUGUGUGUGUGUGUGUGUGUGACUGUCUGCCGGUGUGACUGUCUGCCUGUGUGUGGGCUAUAUGUGUGUGUGUGUGACUGUCUGCCUGUGUGUGUGGAUGUCUCUUUGUGUGUGUGGCUGUCUGCCUCUGUGUGUGUGUGUGUGUGUGUGUGUGACUGUCUGUCUGCCUGUGUGUGACUGCCUGCCUGUGUGUGUGUGACUGCCUGCCUGUGUGUGUGUGUGACUACCUGCCUGUGUGUGUGGAUGUCUGUGUGUGUGGCUGUCUGCCUCUGUGUGUGUGAGUACAUGUGUGUGUGUGUGUGUGUGACUGUCUGCCUGUGUAUGUCACUGUGUGUGUGGCUGUCUGCCCCUGUGUGUGUGUGUGUGGCUGUCUGCUGCUGUGUGUGUGUGUGUGUGACUGUCUGCCCUGUCUGCCUGUGUGUGUGACUGUCUGCCUGUGUGUGUGGCCUGUGUGUGUGUGUGGGCUGUCUGCCUGUGUGUGUGUGUGUGUGCUGUCUGCCUGUGUGUGACUGCCUGCCUGUGUGUGACUGUCUGCCUGUGUGUGUGGAUGUCUGUGUGUGUGUGGUCGUUGUGUGUGUGUGACUGUCUGCCUGUGUGUGUCACUGUGUGUGUGUGUGGUGUCUGCCUCCGUGUGUGGCUGUCUGCCCUGUGUGUGUGUGUGGCUGUCUGCCUGUGUGACUGUCUGCCUCUGUGUGUGUGGACUAUCUGCGUGUAACUGUGUGUGUGUGUGUGUGUGUGGGGAGACUGUAUGUGUGGCUGACUGACCGGUCUGUCUGUACCCAUGUGUGUGGGGGGGUUCUCAGGAGGAUUUUUUACAGGGGUAUAAAGGGGCCAAGACCAGCCCUGCCCGUGGAGCUACUGUACACUCUGCGAGACCUCACGUCCUGUCCUCAUGCAUCUGAGUGCUCACCUCCAAGACUUCUCCAGGGCUGCACUCCCUUCCCUUCUCCGUUAGACUUUCACCCUGGCCCCACUCCUUCAAAAAAUCUUUGAAAACACACUUCUUCAGGAAAGCAUAUAAUUUAACUUGUUAACAGGUUUUCAUUCAACCCUUCCUCCCCCUUCCCCAUGACUUCUCUCCUGCAACUGUCAAAAAUAACAGUUGUUAGUGAAUACUCGUUUAGUGAAUACUCUUUUAGCAACCUAUUUCAUUAACCCUACUUAUACCCUUGUGUCACUAUACCCACUCCCUCUAGCAUGUAAGCUCAUUGAGCAGGGCCCUCAACCCCUCUGUCCCUGUGCGUCCAUUUGUCUGGUUACGUCCACCCAUUGUACAGCGCUACGGAAUUUGCUAGCGGUAUAUAAAUAAUAAAAUAAUAAUAAUAAUAAUUUUAAUUCAGAUCUUGCAGCAAAGUGUGUUUACGUUGGAGGCUUUUAUGUCCUGCUCUGUUAAUUGAACUUUAAUCACACACAGGAAGCUACUGUUUGCUAUUAACAAUGUGGGGGUCAGAAAUUCUAAAUAAAACAUGCUGUGUAAUGAAGUUGAAAAAUAUUGAUAUUGUCUAAUCAUUUGCUGUUUCACUAUGCCUUCAAUAUGACUUUCCCAUUAAUAUAUUGUAUUCCUUCACUGUCUAGAUGAACGACGAACAUGCAUCAGCAUUUGUGUUGAAGUAGAUGGCACAACGCAAACCCUGACUGAAUGCGAGGCAGGAGUCCUUAAGUGCCAAGGGGUGAAUGUCGCAAUUGUCAGCAUAAGUCCUUGUGAUACAUAGAAAAAUCACAGUGCUGCAUGCUUCAUUUAUCCAAACUGCUACAAAGCAUGUCAAAUCAACUCAGCAUUUCAACAGUUCAAGGAUUCUUUCAUCCUUAAAAACAUUACAGUUUGUAAGAGCUCACUAAUUCAGUGUGUCAAGCCAUGUGAUUCUCAUCUUAAACUAAAUUGUAAUUUUUUUUCUUUUUGCCAACCAAUAAAAUGUUUUUGUCUUUUCAUAUUUUUAAUGCAUCUUUAUUGAUAAAACACAGUAUUCAUGAUACAAGGUAAACUAAUUAAAGGGACACUCCAAACACCAUAACCACUACAAAUAUAAAUAAUCAAACAGUUUUUACCUGUGGUACGUAAUGUAGCCCCAUGUAGCCAAAGCGCAGCUAAGCGAAAAAAGGCCUUGACAGGGGUUAGGAGGCGGGCAUAGGAGGAAGCAAGGAAGGAAUGGAGUUCCACUAACAGACGCACACAAACUAACACACUCAGUAACACACUCACUGACACACACAAACACAAAAACUAACACUAACACACACUCUAACAUUAACACACACACACACUCUAACACAUACACACACUAACACACACAUACACUCUAACACUAACACACUCAAACACUAACACACACACACGUUUUUAAAAAAAAUGUAAUCCCCCAGCCUCCUUACCUGUGGGAGAGCUGAGGGGAUUCCCUGGGGUCCAGUGGUGUCACCCAGCGGGCAGGCUGGCGCGCACGUGAGGGAGCACUCUCCCCUGAAUGCUUCCUGUUCAGCUCCCUCGCGUGCUGCGUACUGAUGCCGGAGCUGGAAGCUGACGUCAUCUUCCAGUUCGGGUAUCAGUGUGGUGCGCGAGGGAGGUGAAGAGGAAGCACUCAGGGGAGAGUGCUCCUUCGCGCGCGCGCCUGCCCGCCAGGUAACAGCAGGGCCAGCCUCGGGGGGCCCUAAGGUGGCCAGCUCCUGGGCCACCCAGGAGCUGAGGCUGGCCACUCUGGGUACAUACCCUGGUGGGCCGGGCCCGGUC